AUGAUAUGCCGUUGUUUUUGUUCGAAAUCAGAGACAGCUGAUUCUCAUGAUCUCCCAGCGACAUCCAUCGUGAAGGCGCAAAAUUUUGAGAAAGAUAAUGACCCACGAAUACAGUUAACUCAGAAGCAAAUAUAUGUGUUGACAAAAAAUUGGAAAGGUAUCGACCGGAAAGUUUGUGAAGCGGGCGUUGAAAUGUUCUUGAAGUUACUCUCAUUACAUCCGGAAUACUAUAAAAUGUUUCCAUUUCACAGAAUUGCCACUUCAAGCGACGAGAAAAAACGGAUGGAUGAAUGUCUAAGGGCGCACGGUGAAACUGUAAUGAAAUCCCUUGGUCAAGCCAUCUCUAACAUUGGAAAUUCCGAGAAAUUUUUCGAAUUGAUCGACCAAAUUGGUCGUUCCCAUGCGCACAAGAAAUAUUUCAAGCCGGAAUUAUUUUGGGUAAUUUGA